GCGUCGCGACGCGCAGCAUGGCGGCGGCGGCCGCCGCUUGCGGCCAGCUCGGGAGCGCCACAAAGAGCCAGACUCGGGAGCAGACCCGGAGGAACCGCGAGAAUUCCAAGCGGAGACGAGCCGCUCUUUUGUUCCUCUCCAACAUCUCGCUGGACGGCCGCCCCGCGCGCAGCGGCUCGGCCGAGCGGGGAGGGACCCGGCGGCGCCACGACGCCGUCGCGGAGCCGAGCGAGGCGGCUUCCGCCACGCUCGCGGAGCCGCGGAGCGACGACGGGACGCGCUCGGCGGCCACUUUGUCGACUUCCGUCAUCUGCGGGGAGGCGAAAAAGACGACGGCGACGCGGCGGACGGGCGCCGGGCUCCCUGCCGUGCCGCCCAUCGUCGUCCUGCCUUCCGACGCGGGGCGCCCGGAGCUGCCGCUCGGGCGCCGCAGGGACUCGGCGCCCUCGGCGGCCGACGGACACCUGCUCUCGCCGUCGCCGUCGCCGUCGCCGUCCGACGGCAGCCUGCUGCCUUCGCCCGCGGCACCGCGGAAGUCGUCCACGCUGCUGUCGGUGCACAGCUGCAACUCGCUGUCCUCCGACCUGCGGCAAAGGACCCGAAACCUCUCGGGCGGUUCUCCCCGGCCGCGACCCGCCAAGAAGAUCCACUUCAUCAAAAACAUGAAGCAGUACGACACCAGAGGCAGCAGGAUCGUGUUGAUCUGCGCCAAAAGGUCCCUGUGUGCCGCCUUUUCCGUCCUGCCGUACGGAGAAAGCUUUUACCUCAGCGAGCCCACGUUGAGCCACCCCCGGCGGAGACACUCGUCGGGGAAUAUUUCCACCUCCUUAGAGAUGACGGCGCUGGAGGGUUUCCACAUGGAGACGUACAACCGGUCGGUGUCGUACGCCCGCUUCCUGUACCCCACCGACGCCCUGGUCAGGCGCGAGGCCUCGUCCGCCGCCGACCCGACGCCGCGGGUUCCCCUCUGGAGGAGCGGGUGCGGCGCGCCCGCCGGCGGCUUGCCCCCGAGCCGGCUCAACGCCGCGGUGGGACUCGACCUCGGAGCGGAGGACGUGAGCGAGUACGACCCAAACGUCCUCAGCGACCCCCAGUGGCCUUGCGGCAAGCACAAGCGGGUGCUGAUCUUUGCCUCUUACAUGACCACCGUCAUCGAAUAUGUCAAACCCUCCGAUCUGAAGAAAGACAUGAACGAGACAUUCAAGGAGAAGUUUCCACACAUCAAACUCACCCUCAGCAAGAUCCGCAGCCUGAAGCGAGAGAUGCGCUCGGUGGGCGAGGAUUGCGGCCUGCAGCCCGCCACCAUGGCCAUGGCCUUCGUCUACUUUGAGAAGUUGGUGUUGCAAGGGCGACUCAACAAGCACAACAGGAAGUUGGUGUCGGCCGCCUGCAUCCUAUUGGCCGCCAAGAUCAGCAGCGAUCUAAGGAAGCAGGAGGUCGUACAACUCAUCGACAAGCUGGAGGAGCGCUUCAGGAUCGGCAGACGGGAGCUGAUCAGCUUUGAGUUCACCAUCCUGGUGGCCCUGGAGAUGGCCCUCUACCUGCCAGAAAGCAAAGUCAUGCCGCAUUACAGGCGACUGGUGCAGCAGCAGUUGUAGGCCGCCGCGCCUGCGCCCAUUCGCUCCGAGCAGACCCAAAGAUUUGUUUGCGGAGACCUCUCCCGGCAACCCGUCACCGGGAGGACUCUGCGCCGAAGCUACAGAACUGCAAAAAAAAACAACUUUGGAGCGGGUGGCCGAGAGCUGAUUUUCUUGGUAUAUCGCCACCCAAGUUGCUUAUUUCUUCUCGUCUUUCCGCAUGAGGGACUUGAUUCUUCUAUGCAGGCUACGCCAUUUCAGGUCCAAGACUCGGCCUGGCUUUUACUCUGUCCACUUGGCUUCCAUUUAGUGAUGACCCCCCCCCCCUACAUUUCAAUCAAUUCAAGGUUGCAUUUCAUUUGUUUGUCUUCCACCGACGGCGCGGAUGAGCCCGCGGCCGCAUCUACGUGUAGCCGCUACCGACGUUGCUCGUUUGUCUUAGCCCGGCGAGCCCAACUUCAUUCGCCAACUUCAUCGGGGGUCCAAACAUCCUUGUUGACUUUCUCAUCGUGGGCGUUUUUGUGAUCGGAGUCGGAUGUCCGACCCUGUAGUCUUUCUGUCCCGCACCGCGUGAGUCACUGGCGUGAUUCGUGCGGAAGGCCGGAUACCCCGCGCCGCCUCCCGUCCAUCUUUUUGUACCACCGUGCGGUAGAAACGCGAUUGCUGAUGGGUCUUUUGUCGGAGGACGAACGCCAGCCCGCUCGAGGUCACUACCGAUGUUUAUUAAAGGUCAAUUUUCUCCAAAGAAA